AGCGAAUUAUUUCCCACCAGACAAACGUCAAAUCAAACGUCAACAAAAAAUCUGCUUGUAAUCGUUCCUUCCGAGUUUUUGUGCAAAUUGUGAACUGAAUUCUUACAAAACACCACAAAAAUGCCGGACCAUUUGGGUGACGAUAUGCGAAAAGUAAAAACCGAUAAAGAAGAGCCGGAAAAGGAAAUAAAAUCCCUCGAUGAAGGAGAUAUAGCCCUGCUGAAGACCUACGGCCAGGGUCAAUACACCAAGACAAUAAAAACGGUGGAAGACGACAUCCAAACAAUUAUUAAACGUGUUAAUGAGUUAACCGGUAUUAAAGAGUCUGACACAGGGUUGGCCCCACCGGCCCUGUGGGACUUGGCCGCUGAUAAGCAAACCCUGCAGAACGAACAGCCCUUGCAGGUGGCCAGGUGCACCAAAAUCAUCAACGCGGACACCGACGACCCCAAAUAUAUCAUAAAUGUGAAGCAAUUCGCCAAGUUUGUGGUGGAUUUGGCCGAUUCGGUGGCCCCCACGGAUAUCGAGGAGGGUAUGAGAGUGGGUGUUGACCGCAAUAAGUACCAAAUCCACAUCCCCUUGCCCCCCAAAAUCGACCCCACUGUCACUAUGAUGCAAGUGGAGGAAAAACCCGAUGUUACAUACAGUGACGUUGGGGGUUGUAAGGAGCAAAUUGAGAAAUUGCGAGAAGUGGUUGAAACACCUUUGUUACACCCGGAAAAAUUCGUCAAAUUGGGGAUUGAGCCCCCGAAAGGGGUCCUUCUUUUCGGCCCCCCUGGCACCGGUAAAACUCUUUGUGCCCGUGCAGUGGCCAACCGUACAGACGCCUGCUUUAUCCGCGUAAUUGGGUCCGAACUGGUCCAGAAAUACGUAGGCGAGGGGGCCCGAAUGGUCCGCGAGUUGUUCGAAAUGGCCCGUUCGAAAAAAGCCUGUUUGAUAUUUUUCGACGAAAUUGACGCCAUAGGCGGCGCUAGGUUUGACGACGGCGCCGGUGGCGACAACGAGGUGCAGCGCACGAUGUUGGAACUAAUCAACCAACUGGACGGUUUCGACCCCAGGGGGAAUAUUAAGGUUCUGAUGGCGACAAACAGGCCCGAUACGCUGGAUCCGGCCCUGAUGAGGCCAGGCCGACUUGACCGCAAGGUCGAGUUCGGGUUGCCGGACCUGGAGGGCCGCAGCCACAUCUUCAAGAUCCAUGCCAGGUCGAUGAGUGUGGAGAGGGACAUUAGGUUCGAGCUGUUGGCUCGCCUGUGUCCGAACUCCACGGGGGCGGAGAUCAGGAGCGUGUGCACCGAGGCGGGGAUGUUUGCCAUUAGGGCCAGGAGGAAGGUGGCCACCGAGAAGGACUUCCUUGAGGCGGUGAACAAAGUCAUCAAGUCGUAUGCGAAGUUUUCGGCCACUCCCAGAUACAUGACUUAUAAUUAAUCUGUAUUUUGAUAGCUAAAUAUAAUUUGCUUUUUGAA